AGAGAAAAAGAGAAAAACCCAAUAAUUUAUAGACCCAAGAAUCGAACUUUAGCAUCUGGAGCAGAGAGAGAUAAAGAGAUGUGCAGAGCAGUUGGGCUUGUUCGGUAAUUUUCAUGACCUACUUACUUACUUACUACUAGUAGUACUAAGCUAUGCCACAAGAUUUUCAAGAGAUAAACACCACCAUUGAACAAUGGAAAUGGUCCGAAAUGCAAGGCCUUGAACUUCUCUCUUCUCCUCCCCCUUCCUCUUCUCCUUCUUCUUCCAAACCCAAAUCAAACACAACACCAGACCAAGACCAAGACCAAGAUCAAAACCAACCUCAAGAAAUAAUGGAUUCUACAGAGGACAAGAAAGCAGGAGGAGAUAAUGAAAAACCAGGAGAAGUUCUCCCAUCAGUUUCCUUCUUCGAGCUUUUCAGAUUUGCAGAUAAGCUUGAUUAUGCUCUAAUGGCAAUUGGUACUGUUGGAGCAAUUGUUCACGGCAGUUCACUUCCUCUGUUUCUCAGAUUCUUUGCCGAUCUUGUUAAUUCAUUCGGUUCUAAUGCUAAUAACAUGGAUAAAAUGACCCAAGAAGUUAUCAAGUACGCAUUCUACUUCCUAGUUGUUGGAGCUGCAAUAUGGGUAUCUUCAUGGGCAGAGAUAUCUUGUUGGAUGUGGACUGGUGAAAGACAAACAACUAGGAUGAGAAUCAAGUAUCUAGAAUCUGCUCUCAACCAAGACAUUCAGUUUUUCGACACAGAAGUUCGAACAUCCGAUGUUGUUUUCGCUAUCAACACCGACGCUGUUCUUGUUCAAGACGCCAUUAGUGAAAAGUUGGGUAACUUCUUACAUUACAUGGCAACAUUUAUAUCUGGGUUUGUGGUCGGAUUCACAGCAGUAUGGCAGUUGGCUCUGGUUACAUUAGCAGUUGUUCCUAUAAUUGCUGUAAUCGGAGGUAUUCAUGCCGCCACAUUAUCAAAACUCUCAGGAAAGGCACAAAAUUCUCUUUCUCAAGCAGGAAAUAUUGCAGAACAGACUAUUGUUCAAAUUCGAACAGUGGUAGCAUUCGUCGGUGAAUCAAGAGCUCUCCAAGCAUAUUCAUCAGCUUUAAGAAUCGCUCAAAGACUCGGUUACAAGAGUGGAUUUGCUAAAGGGUUAGGCCUUGGAGCUACUUAUUUCACUGUCUUCUGCUGUUACGCACUUCUGUUAUGGUAUGGAGGUUAUCUAGUUAGACACCAUUACACUAAUGGAGGUCUUGCCUUAGCCACAAUGUUCGCAGUCAUGAUCGGAGGAUUGGCUCUUGGGCAGUCAGCACCGAGCAUUGGUGCAUUCGCAAAGGCAAACGUUGCCGCCGCGAAAAUCUAUCGAAUAAUCGAUCACAAACCGGCUGUUGACAAAAACAAUGAAUCGGGUCUUGAAUUGGAGUCAGUUACAGGACAGGUCGAGCUUAAGAGUGUUGAUUUUGCUUACCCAUCUAGACCAGAUGUACAGAUUCUCAACAAAUUCUCCUUGACAGUCCCAGCUGGAAAGACAAUUGCUUUGGUUGGAAGCAGUGGAUCUGGUAAAAGCACUGUCGUCUCCCUCAUUGAGAGGUUUUAUGAUCCCCCAUCAGGGGAAGUUGUUCUUGAUGGUCAUGAUAUAAAGACAUUGAAUCUUAAAUGGCUAAGACACCAAAUUGGUCUUGUUAGCCAAGAACCUGCAUUAUUCGCUACCACCAUUAAAGAGAACAUACUCUUAGGCCGUCCUGAUGCAACCCUAGUUGAGGUUGAAGAAGCUGCCCGCGUGGCAAACGCUCAUUCGUUCAUCAUCAAACUCCCCGACGGCUAUGACACCCAGGUUGGUGAAAGAGGAUUGCAGCUAUCAGGUGGGCAAAAGCAAAGAAUCGCGAUUGCUAGAGCGAUGCUGAAGAAUCCGGCAAUCUUACUUCUAGACGAGGCAACGAGUGCUCUUGAUUCGGAAUCAGAAAAGCUGGUGCAGGAAGCUCUCGAUCGUUUCAUGAUCGGUAGAACUACAUUGGUCAUUGCCCAUCGUCUUUCCACGAUUCGGAAAGCAGAUCUUGUGGCGGUAAUUCAGCAGGGAAGUGUGUCGGAAAUUGGAGCACACGAUGAUCUCAUGGCGAAAGGAGACAAUAGCGUUUACGCGAAACUCAUUCGAAUGCAGGAAGCUGCUGCUCAUGAAACUGCUAUUAAUAACGCGAGAAAGAGCAGUGCUAGGCCUUCGAGUGCAAGGAAUUCGGUCAGCUCUCCUAUAAUGACAAGGAAUUCAUCCUAUGGUCGAUCGCCUUAUUCUCGAAGGCUAUCGGAUUUCUCAACUUCAGAUUUCAGUCUCUCUUUGGAAUCAGCGUAUCCAAAUUAUCGACAUGAAAAGCUCGCGUUCAAGGAGCAAGCAAGUUCAUUCUGGCGGUUGGCUAAGAUGAACGCGCCUGAAUGGCCUUACGCUUUCGCUGGUUCAAUAGGCUCGAUCGUUUGUGGGUCGUUAAGCGCUUUCUUUGCUUAUGUUCUUAGUGCGGUCCUCAGUGUUUACUACAAUCCAGACCAUGCUUAUAUGAUUAAGCAAAUCGACAAAUACUGUUACCUCCUUAUUGGACUGUCGUCGGCUGCGCUUAUAUUCAAUACUCUCCAGCAUUUCUUUUGGGAUGUUGUGGGAGAGAAUUUGACGAAACGGGUAAGGGAGAAAUUGUUGGAAUCGGUUGUGAAGAACGAAAUAGCUUGGUUCGAUCAAGAGGAGAACGAGAGCUCGAGAGUGGCGGCUCGUCUGGCUCUUGAUGCCAAUAAUGUUAGGUCUGCGAUUGGAGAUCGGAUUUCUGUGAUCAUGCAGAAUUCGUCUCUUUUGUUGGUCGCUUGUACGGCUGGUUUUGUCUUACAAUGGAGACUCGCUCUCGUGCUCAUCGCGGUUUUCCCUGUUGUUGUGGCGGCAACUGUCCUUCAGAAAAUGUUCCUAACCGGUUUCUCGGGAGACCUUGAAGCUGCUCAUGCAAAAGCGACGCAGCUUGCCGGAGAGGCGGUGGCGAAUAUGAGGACGGUGGCGGCAUUCAAUUCGGAAUCGAAAAUCGUAAGUCUAUUCAGCAACAACCUUCAAACGCCUUUAAAACGAUGUUUCUUGAAGGGACAAAUAGCAGGAAGCGGAUACGGAAUUGCUCAAUUCGCGCUUUACGCUUCCUACGCUUUAGGUCUAUGGUACGCCUCGUGGCUUGUAAAGCACGGAAUAUCGGAUUUUUCAAACACCAUUCGAGUCUUCAUGGUCCUUAUGGUCUCUGCAAACGGAGCUGCCGAAACACUCACAUUAGCGCCCGAAUUCAUCAAAGGCGGUCGAGCAAUGAGGUCUGUUUUCGAUCUCCUCGACCGCAAAUCCGAGAUCGAUCCCGACGAUCCUGACACGGUCCCUGUCCCGGACCGCCUACGUGGAGAAGUCGAAUUGAAACACGUCGACUUCUCCUACCCGUCUCGACCCGACAUACCAAUCUUCCGCGACUUAACACUACGAGCCCGAGCGGGUAAAACAUUAGCCCUCGUCGGUCCCAGUGGUUGCGGAAAGAGUUCCGUAAUUUCCCUUAUUCAACGAUUCUACGAGCCAUCCUCCGGUCGCGUCACAAUAGACGGAAAAGACAUUCGAAAAUACAAUCUCAAGUCAUUAAGGCAACACAUAGCAAUAGUCCCUCAAGAGCCCUGCCUUUUCGCCACAACCAUAUACGAAAACAUAGCCUACGGAAGAGAAUCCUCAACCGAAGCCGAAGUCAUCGAGGCUGCAACACUAGCAAACGCCCACAAGUUCAUCUCGUCCCUCCCAGACGGAUACAAGACAUUCGUUGGGGAAAGAGGAGUUCAGUUAUCAGGCGGACAGAAACAGAGGGUAGCCGUGGCUAGAGCUUUCAUAAGAAAGGCCGAGAUAAUGCUCCUCGACGAGGCAACAAGUGCGCUCGACGCAGAGUCCGAGAGGUUUGUACAAGACGCGUUGGAGAAGGCUACCUCGGGUAAAACCACAAUCGUGGUUGCCCACAGGCUAACAACGAUCAGAAACGCGAAUGUCAUCGCGGUUAUAGACGAUGGUAAGGUGUCUGAACAAGGGUCUCAUUCUCAACUAUUGAAGAACUACCCUGAUGGGGUUUAUGCCCGAAUGAUACAACUUCAAAGGUUUAGCCAUGGGCAGGCUGUUGUCAACAUGGCAACUGGUUCUGGUUCUGGCUCUGGUUCAGGGUCUGGAUCAAGGGGGGAAGAAGGGUAGCCAAUUAUUCAAUUUUUUUGGGAUGAAAUGUUAUUGAUUUCGUACACAGCAUAAUACAUGCAUCAUAAUUCAUAUGUAUUGUUGAUUUAACAUAAUAUAUAUAUAUAUAAGUGUUU